AUGGGCAAACACGCUCCCGACAAGAUGGGCAAAUGGGGCCAUGCUCGGCUCCGAUUCGGCUCCAGAACUGGACCAGGCCUGCUCCAUCAGGACCUGACGAGACCCAGGGUGGUGGGCCGCUGUGAGCGGGGGCGUCAGAGGACCGAGGCCUGCGAGGUCGGCGCUAUUCGGCAUGUUCCUGCUGGAGCUGGUCGCAAGGUUCGCUGUCGCGUGCAAUGGCGGCUGGCGGCGGCACCUGUAGCCUAUUCGUCGGCGCUCUGGCGUCAUGCCGACCCGUAUGCUGAUUGUUGGAUGCUGGUCCAAUGGAAGCCUAGUGGUUGA